AUGCCCAUCACAGCUCCUCACCUCCUUCACCUCACUCCUCACUUCGACUGGGCACCACCAAACAACUCUGAUGCCGUUGGCGAUGGCCCGACGUUGCAUCGAAUACACGACCAGGUUUCGGCCGCCGUCGCCAAGACCCCUGACGAGAGGACCGCAGGCCAAUAUGGACGGGCUUCUGUCGAUUCCAGACUGAUCCGUCCUGCGUGUCCCUCGAGUGAUGGGGCCCAGCUUUUCGUCUCCAAUCCCUCUCGAGCCAGAGUGACUCGACAUUCUCGUUCUCCUCCCUCGACCCAUGCUCCGACCCAUGCUCCGACCCAUGCUCCGACGCCUUCUCUUCCUCUUGCUUCUCUAGGGACGAACCGACAUUGCGUCAAGGGCGAUUGUGCGCUCGCGGAAACGACAACUCUUGUCUCUUCGUCGUCGUCCGGCAUGGCCUCCAAUGCGGCUUUCGUGGUCUUGCUUCUCGCGUUGUGGGUGACGGCUCAAGAUUGCGUCACGGGCCCGUUGUCACUGCCGCUCGGAGAGGUCAAGCUCUCGAAUGGUUACACGCAGCGUGGUGUAUCCGUAAAGGUUGGCAAUCCGCCGCAGGCGUUUGCCUUUCUACCGAGCUGGAACCACGGCAAUGCAUUGGUCUUUGACACGAGGUGUGGUCUCGGAGGUGCAUACAAGAUGCCAAGAGCAACCUGCAUCACAAACCGAGGUGGUUUGUACGACCAGUUCAAGUCAGACUCCAAAGGCAAGCUAGCUUCGUCCGUCAAUCUUCCCGCAGACUCGUGGGUCGAAGAGUCGCACGACAUCUUUACCGACACGCUGCACCUCGGCGGCAACAACAGCCUGCGUGCCUUUCCAUUGACGACUCCAAAGAACGAGAUGGCCUCUCACGGAGCACAGGAUCAGAACGCCCUCGGCGUGGGAACCGGCUCUACGCUCCUGGACGCCUGCCGCAAGGCUGGACUUGUUGCCUCUGAUUCCAUCGGCUUCUCCUGGGGACUGGAUGGUGUCGGCGAGAGCGAUCGGACGAGCGGCUCCUUUGUUCUCGGCGGCUACGACAAGGCAAAGACGAUCGGCAACGGUCGUACCGGGAGACUUUCACACCCAGUUGAAUGCCCCACACGCAUGAUGGUGAGCAUCCUAGACGUCGUUGUCAACUUUCCCAACGGAACGGAUGCUUCCGUCUUUCCAACCUCGGGCGGCACCCUGCGAGCUUGCAUCAUUCCCGAACGUCCUAUCGUCAUGGAGCUGCCUGCCGAUCCUUACUUUGGGAAGUUGCUGCGGGCAAUUGAAAACGAAGUAACCGGUCUAGAUUCCGGGAAUGCAAUUCUGAACGGUUCUAAACCGCUUUUUACGGCCGACCUGACCAUUACGAUGAGCGGCGGCUUCCAGGUCAAGAUACCCAACCACCAACUUCUCGAUCCCCAAAAGAAGAUUGGCAUCAACGGAGAGACGACCGUGGGCUCCCCUUUGCAGCCUGUGUUACGCCUCACGUCCCCGCAGAACUCGACGACGGACUUUCGUGCUGUUCUUGGCCGCUAUUUCUUUACCGAUACGUACGUAUUCCUCAACCGCGAUGCCGAUAUUUUCACGCUCUGGCAAGCGAACCAUACGUCGGAGGAGAAGCUGGUUUCUGUCAACUACAAGAACGAAGUCGUCACGGCCACGCAGACUUGCGCAACGAGCCCCGUGGCAUCGCCGGGAGCCGAUGCGGGAAAAGGCAGGGACGGCUCGCUCUCCUCUGGUGCCAUCGCUGGCAUUGUCGUCGGUGCAGCAACAGCCGCCGGCGUCGGCGUCGGCCUGCUGUGGUGGCUCCUGGUGCGAAGGAGGAAGGGAAACGCCAAGGUCGAGAUGGAGAGCGCCGCGGCAGCAGAAGUGCAAGAAAUGCCACAGACGUCCAAGGUGGCCGAGGUUGGAUGGCCCUCUCAAGGUCAACCACAUUCCAUUCCCCAGGAGUUGCCUUCGGAGCCCAUCAGAACCGAGCCGGUCGAGUUGGCAACCGGCACAGAGGGCAGGUAG